AUGGAGGCCGACAUAGAGGUCGGCGCAUCCGCCGCACAGGCGCUGAGGGAGUCUUUCGGUGACCGCAAGCCCAUCGACAUCAGCCGGAAGAUCACGGCCUGUGUGGCCUGCCGGAAACAGAAGAUCAAAUGUCACAUGACCGAUGGCACACCGCCAUGUACGCGAUGUAGGAAAAGGGGCUUGUCUUGUGUGGUGAACAGGAGUCUACAGAUGCUCUUAGAGGGCGAUGUGGCCUGGAAGGCCACCAUUGAACAGAAGCUACGACAACUCGAGGACAACAUAGGCAGGCUCAACCAACAGUGCAAUGUUUCCGCGUCAAAUGGUUCGACAUAUGUCAGUCCUCAGGAAAGCACGACACCGGCUCAAAUCCACGGAGCCAUGGGAGGAGCCAUAGCCGCCCCAGCGCAGCACCGUCAUCUACAGGAGAAGCAACAUAAUCAGCAAAGCUGGGAAGUUGUCAUGGACUUGAACAGAGGGCCCGGCGUCGUGCCUGCGUCCGUCGUCUCAGAGGUCUCCGACGCUUCGCCGAGUGCCUUCCGAACCCAAAUGGCUGGUGAGUUCGACAUCAUCCAUUGCGGGGUGAUCAGCAUGGUCGAUGCCGAAUCCUUCUUUACGCUGUACUAUCAACGGCUGGAUCACUUCCUUUACAGGAUCCUGGACGAACAUGAUUCACUGGCAAGCGUUAGAAAAAGCUCGCCUCUUCUGACGGCUGCAAUCUGUGCCGUUGGAGCCCUUCACACUCCGUCCUCGCACUAUCAAGCAUGCUACCAGCAUUUUGUCAAUUUGGCUUCGACAAGAAUGUUCUCAAAGAGGAACACUCAUGAUGACGUGAGGGCUCUCUGCAUUGGUGCAUUCUGGUUGAGUGAUAUUUCGUGGACAUUGGUUGGCACAGCCGCCCGUCUUGCUGGAGAACUGAACUUACACCGAUGUAUACCCAAAUCUCCGCAUGAGAAAAGGGCUUGCUACCUCCGCACACGUCUCUACUACCUCGUCUUUGUCUGCGACCAUCAUUUCUCCAUUACGUACGGGAGACCACCCCUGACCCGCGACUUCGGCUCAGUCACUCCGCCGAGUGAAUUCCUGAAAUCCGAUUUUGCCACCGAGGAAGACUCUCGACUGGUGAGCCAGGUUGAGAUCUGGACCAUCACUACUCGCGUCUUUGACCAGUUCAGCCUCGACCCCGAAGCUCACUUGUCCGGGCAUUUGACCCCACACAUUAGACGGCUGAGUAUUGCGCUGGAUACGUGGAGAGCAGACUGGCAGGAACGCUUUGGGUACAAUUCUUCGGUCGGUAACUACCCCCGCAAAGGAGUUGGCUUGCACUACCACUUCGCAAAACUAUAUCUGUGCUCACAUGUGUUUCGGCGGGCGCCUUCACCCAAUGACGAGCAACUCCAUCUCGACUCCGACCUGGAAGAAUUUGCGAACAUGGCCAUCCACUCUGCAACCUCAAUCCUAGCUGUGAUCGUUGCAGAUCAGGAAAUCCAAUCCUACAUUCAGGGACUGCCUGCGUACUUCGACACUAUGAUCGCAUUUGCAUUUGUUUUCCUAUUAAAAGUUACCAUCAAAAACCCAUUGAGCCUUCGAAUCGACAAAGAACCCAUCAUGGAGACUCUGGAAAGCCUGGUGGCAGUGCUGAAGAAAAUUACAGCAAGCAUGCACCCUCGGCAUUUGUUGACAAGCAUCGCGAGCAGCAUGCAAAAGCUCCUGGAGCGCUUCUCACAAGGAGAGGUCCCAGAACAACCUGUGGCUCCUGCUGGCCCAUCUGUUUCCUUCAAUCCCGACACCCAAUGGUUGAGUCCGACGGAUGCAAUGUUUCUUGAAAAUUACGACUUUCUGUACUCUCCUGGCGCGGAAUUUAACUUCGACUUCGACUUCAACUCAAUGCAGACACAUUAA